CAAAACACUUUUCAAUUAGCUUCUCUUCAUCAGCUGAGCUUGUAGAAAAGCAGAGACAGAAACUCUCAAAGCUUUUGGCCAAAGCCUUGUUUGGUUGCACAUACAAGGAAAUAGCACAAAGUGAAAGAAAAGAGAGAAAGUAGGGAAAGGGGAGAAAAAAAGAAGAAGGAGAUAGAUUGAUAGAUAUAUAGAGAUAUAGAUUAGAUUGAAAUUUAAAUUUGUAUAUCAUCAUUAAGGUUUUCUUUUGAAGGUCUCUCAUAUAUUGUUACUAGCUAGCAUGAUGAUAAUUGUUUGAAGCUUCUCGCCACCAAAGAAGAAGAAGAAGACUCUUUCAUCUAAAUGAUCAUGGCCGGAAACCCUAACUGGUGGAGCAUGCAUCCACCAACUUUGAUCCCUCCUCAGUAUGUGCUUGGAUCUUCCUCAAUUCCCAUGAAUUUCUUCACUGAAACCCAAGAAACUCCUCAGUCAUGGAGCCAGAUGCUUUUUGCUGGUUUACCUGGAGAAGAAGAGAGAAUGGGGUCGAAUCAUUUUCAAGGCAAGAAGAUGGAAAAUUGGGAAGACCAGAUUCUGCAUAACGCAUCCUCCAGAGCAGCUCCAUCACCUCCUCUUGCUGUUGAUGUAAUAAAGCAAGAGGUUUCCCAAGGUGGUAACUUGUACGGCCAUGGAAGUGAGGAGUUUCAGGCUUCAGCAGGAUCUUCUCAUGCCUCGUCCUCUUCUUAUUGGCUAAGCAAUAUGAUGCCCCCAUCACUUAUUCCUUCUAAUUCUUCCCCUAAACCUCGUCAAAUCACUACCUCAAGUAACAACACUGAUAAUAUUUUGGAUUUCACUUAUAACAAGCCACAUCAUAACAAUAAUCAACCAUCUGAGAGCAAUAAUAAUAGCUCAGUGGCUUCUGGAGUUUGUAAUAAGAAGGCUAGGGUUCAGGCAUCUCCAAGCCAACCUCCCCUCAAGGUGAGAAAGGAGAAACUAGGCGAUAGAAUAACAGCACUUCACCAGCUAGUUUCCCCAUUUGGAAAGACUGACACAGCUUCUGUCUUGUUAGAAGCCAUUGGAUAUAUUAGAUUCCUCCAAGGUCAAAUUGAGGCACUAAGCUCGCCUUACUUGUCGAAUGCAUCGAAGAACAUUAGGAAUCAACACUCUGUACAUGGAGAAAGGAAUUCUGUGUUUCCUGAGGACCCGGGUCAGCUGUUGAAUGACACUGGCCUCAAAAGAAAAGGAGCUUCAAACCAGGAAGGAGAAGAAAAGGCGAAGGACUUGAGGAGUAGAGGGCUGUGCUUGGUACCUGUGUCUUGCACCCAACAUGUUGGCAAUGAAAAUGGAGCUGAUUACUGGGCACCUGCUUAUGCCAGCGGUUUUUAAUUUAAUCUUCACUCUUCUUAUUAUAUGUAUAACAUCAUGAGCAGCCAAUCUAUAAUAAUCUCAUCGAUUACUACUAAUCACCAAUAAAAUAAUUAAUAUGAUUAAUUGCUCAUGAUGCUAUGUGUUCAUUAUUCCUUAUGAUGCUUUUAACAUUAAGCCCAUCAAGCAACUACAUAUAUAUAUAUAUAUAUAUAUAUGUAUGUAUGUAUUUAGGUUAUAAUCCACGUACGCUCUCUAAUUCUAAUUUCUAAUAAUCAGGAUAGUUACUUGUAAUAUCGAGUUAUGUUAGCACUGAGUUCAAGAUUUGUGAAACAAUAUUACUCAAGAUUUUUUUUUUUGCUUUUAAAUAUAUGUAUUUUGAUGAAG